AUGAAUCCUGCCCAUGGCCUGGUCUGCCACAGACCAGGCUUCUCAGUGGCGCGCAUAUCAGACUGGAUCCACGACUCAGACAGCUUAAGUGGGCUCACCAUGUUCUUUGCGCGUUCGGGGGCAGAGCACGACUCCUUUCGUCACUCUGGGCGGACACAGACUGUGCUCCAACCAGGAUUCCAGUUCUUUGUCCGGUCCGGCGCGGACCAGACAAAGAUCGUGAUCGUGACAGGUCCGCUCGAGCUCUAUGUUGCUGCAGUGGUGGCACGAGAGUCCUCGAUAUCGUCCUCCCACACAAGCAAUAACGCGCGAGUUGUGCGCGAAACCCACUCACGCUCAUAUGAUUCCCCGCAAUCGGCGUGGGCUGUGAAGGGAAGGCCUGUUGGUUCCAGCUGUGGGAAUGGCAGAUUAAGGAAGCCGGUAACUGAGGACUUAGGAAACGCCAAUGGCGAGUUUGACGGCGUGAGAUGGUCGUAUCCACCAGAACCAUCGGUGGAAGGUUGUUCCCACGCACAGACCUCUGAGCCGCAACCGCCAACGGCGCGCUGCGCAGCUCUCGCGUUCGUCUUCAAUCCCUUCUCGCUGUUUCCACCCCCACCUCUCUUUGUUUCCUCCCAAGGCUACCAAAGAAGGACGGCAGCUCAGUGUAGUCCCCACUGUCAACUGGACGCGUAUCCUACCCCGCGCGAACGAGAGGACGUCGCGCCCGCACUGUGGGCCGCUCUGUGCGCGGCCGAAGCCGCCUGUGAUGUUGGAAAACCGAAAGCGGACUGCGUGGAACGUACGCGCGCGCUCGUCGCCGCGAAGGAGGAAGAGGUCGGCGGUGCCGUCGAGAUCCGCUUCGACUACAUCAAGAUGAACGACCUCGUUAUCCCGCUCUACCAAUGGCUCGAUCAAGGACCUCUGCCCGAUCCUCAGCGGCAUGUUCUCCUUCGUCCUCUUCGGCGAGUCCGUCUCGCUCCCGCGCAUCGUGUGCGACUCAAUUGGAAAUCUGGGAUCAUAACCCCCACCAGGACUGGUCCUCGCCACAUCUUCGACUCGUGCGGACGGCUCGUUGAUGCGUCACUUCCGCCUGGCCUGGUGAUAUUCCGACGCGACCGCGCGCAUGCUGACGACCAAGGUCGACGAGGUGGUCCGGAAGCGGCUCAUGAGCUGGCUCGACAGCAGCCUGAUCGCGUCUGUCGCCGCACGCGAGACAAAGAAAGUCGCGCAGGCCCGGCGGAGGCGCGCUGGCGGAAGCUGCAGGAGGCAAGGAGCGGGCUCCCGACGCCUGGUGAGGACGGCGUCGAUAAAUAUCGGGUACCCGCGCUAGGAAUAGCCCAGCACGGAUGCGCUCAGGAGAUCUCCAGAGCACUCUCAAGACAAUGCUCAGAGCUGCUCUGGAGUGCUCGCCGAGCAGGCGGCUGUGUCUCUCGAGCGCCUGCGGGGUGCCGGCUGAGCUAUGGGGGCUACAGAAAUGGCACUUGUCUACCCGUGAUCGGACUGCUCUGGAGUCUCCGGAGCACUCCUGUGACAGGUCGUUUUUUCCUGAUGCUCGUUCUCCCCCGCGUCCGUCUGUACUCGCCUCCCGGUGCCCAUAGGGACCAACCGCCUGGUAUCGAUUGCCUUUACCCUUGUCCGACCUCGUCCGAGCCGCCGACUUCUAACACUCACUGCUGUGGCAGAUACCAGUCCCUUGAUAGCGGAAAUGGAAUGUUCCAAACGCCAGAAAGAAUACUAGCCGAUGUUUGGAGACGCAGAUCAGAAGCUGGGAUGACGAGGGCUAGCACGCCUGGGCAAGACGCGUCCUGUGGCAGCACCGGCGGGCGAUACGAUGUCCCUCCUCCGGCUUAUCUGAUCGCUGUGGACGACGAGAGCCCCCGCGAUCCGGCGAUGUUCUCACCGAUAGGCUUUUCGCGGCACGUCUAUCCCUCCCAGCGCCGCGAUUUCGACGACCCGCGCGUCAGCUGGUCAUCACGAGCCCGCGCCCGCGCCCCCCGCCCCCGAGCAGCGUCCGCGCCAGGGACCGAUAGCAUCUUGCGCGCCCGUAGAGCCCCGCGUGCGGGGUCGCAGGCGGACUCCCGGGAGUCUGGAAGCUUGUUCCGCGCGCCUGCCUGCCCCGACGCCGUUCCUGGCGGCGCCCAGCGAUGUGGACAUUGGUCCAGACCGGGCGCAGCAGCACGCCUGGGGCCCGCCCCGCAGUGUGGGCGGCGUGGCGGAGUCGGCAGCUCAGCCCGUCACAUGCGAAUUGGGGUGCGAAUGGCGAGGGGGCGGCCGGGGCCCGCAGCCGAGUCUGAACGUGGCUACGCACCUUCGCUGGGGAUCCGCGGUGUGGCCAGACCGGGGAUGGUCGAAAGGCUGCGACAUGGAUGA